AUGUUGGUCCAAUUCCCUCGGAGUCGCAGGUCAAUCUACCUGGUACUGGCCUGCGCAGCAACCUCCAUAUGCUUUAUCAACCUCCUAUUCCUCAACCAUGGUAUCGACAACUCCGUGAUCCGCCUCCCUAAUCUGAGUUUCUUCACCGCAACAACGAGCCCCGUAAUCGGACAAUACGCGCAAGAUGGACACCCCAUCGUCGACCUGAUGGGGGAAGCGAAUCGACAAUGGCUGGAAUAUGAUAAUAAUCGCUCGACGAGUUUCCGCCAAACAGUCACCAAAUACCGUGAGACAAAUGGACGACACCCACCUCCCGGUUUUAAGGAAUGGUACAUGUUCGCACGCAAAAAGAAGGCGCAUAACAUGGACGACUUUCAGCAGAUUACGGGGGAUCUGCGACCUUUCUGGGCGGUUGCACCAACGGAAAUACGACAGAUGGCAGCCAAGCUACAAUCCAGUGACGGGAUUGCAGGUUUGCAAAUCCGUAAUAAGAAGGUCGUUUACUCCCCCGUUGAAGGAUGGAGAAUUGAAACACUGAGGAAGUCAAUUAAUCGCAUUGUUCGAUAUCUUCCGGACAUGGAUAUUGCACUUAAUAUUAUGGAUCAGCCACGAGUCAUGGUUUCAUUCGAGGAUACCCAGGAAUACCUUCGCAUCGAAGCCCUCAGCAGAGGCUUACACAGCGAUGCGCAGGAUAAAUUCACGCCAGGCAUGAACUAUCUGUAUAAUAAAGAUCCCAGCAUCGAAGAGGGCGUUGACCCAUCCUGGUUCUCGAUCGCUGGAAAGCGAUACAUGGACUUCGCGAAAGAUUCCUGUAGCCCUCAUUCUCCCGCUCGGAAUGACAAUAUUACUGUAGAGGAUGCCGAUAAGCUAUACAAAUCACCUUCGGGUGGGUUUGUCACUAACUUCACUGCUUCCUCUGAUCUUUGCACCGUCGGUCCCGUUCUCGGGGGGAAUCACGGGUUUUUAUUCUCGGCCUCCAGCAACCUUAUCACAAAGAAACUGAUCCCAGUCUUCAGCGAAUGCAAGGUUAGCGUGAACAACGACAUCCUUUUCCCUGCAAAUAUGUAUUUUAUGGACGACAAGCGGUACGUGUACAAUUCGCGACACGACUACGGGUGGAAAGACAAAUCGGACACUCUUAUCUGGCGUGGUGUCACCUCCGGCGGUGUUCAACUUGCAGAUAACUGGCAGCAUAUGCACCGCCAACGCUUUGUGCAUAUUACCAAUUCCACUGAUAUGAAAUCAGAGACGGUUUCCAUCCUCUCCGAGAGCAGCCUGGGGCAGUAUCAUACCUACCCUAGUUUCUCCCCAAGCAACUUUUCAUUGGACUACUUUGAUGUCGGUUUCACUGAGGCUUGGGGCUGCAUCCCGGAUUGCUCCUUCUACGACGAUAUUUGGACCUACAAAGAGCCCAAGGAUUUCAGCGAGCAGUUCAAGGCAAAAUACCUCGUCGACAUUGAUGGCCACAGCUUCUCCGGUCGGUGGCGCGCCUUUCAGCUCAGCAAAUCCCUAGGGAUCAAGGCCACUAUUUUCCGAGAAUGGCAUGACUCCCGGCUAUUUCCCUGGCGUCAUUUCGUCCCUAUGGACAAUCGCUACGAUGACCUGUACGGACUAAUGACAUACUUCCUCGGUCUUGACUCACCAGGAUCCCCAAUUAGCGAGCCAUACCUUCAGAAGCAUGACUUUGAGGCCGAGGUGAUCGCAUCUCAAAGCCGGGAAUGGGCGCACCACGCGCUGCGGAACGAAGAUCUUGACAUCUAUCUCUAUCUCCUUCUUCUCGAGUACGGACGCAUCAUUGACGACAAUCGCGAUACCAUUGGGUACAGUGGUGAUGGAAGUGAGCUGGACCACUUUGACGAUCAAUAUCCUUUUUCUCCGGCGAUAAAAAAUAUCGUCAAACCUCCUCCCGCGAACACUGACGAACAAUAA